ACUCAACUUGGACCCAACUAAAUUGAUGAAUGUCCAAUCGACCCGGAAUUGAAUGUGGGGCCUUACAAGGCAGGAGGAUAACAGUCAGUUACUUGUGAAGCCUUCAACAACGAGUGACAUAACAGCGAUUUCAACAGCCAAUUCGCCUCUCCUUAACUCCGUAAUCGCCCAAGAUGUCGUACUUUUUCGCUACCCCGGUGGAUAUUGAUAUCGUCCUCGAAGACAGCGAUGAGCGCCAAGUAGUCGACAUAAGAGAAAAACAGCGUCGCGAGAAGGCGCCGCUGUAUAUGGAUGGCGAGUCUGUUAAGGGGCAAGUCACAGUGCGCCCGAAGGAUGGGAAGCGUUUAGAGCAUACAGGAAUCAAGGUCCAGUUCAUCGGCACGAUAGAAAUGUUUUUCGACCGAGGCAACCACUACGAAUUCCUCUCGCUAAACCAAGAACUCGCGGCGCCGGGCGAGCUGCAGCACCCGCAAACCUUUGACUUCAACUUCAAGAACGUCGAAAAGCAGUACGAGUCGUACAACGGCAUCAACGUGAAGCUGCGGUACUUCGUGCGCGUCACCGUCGCCCGCCGCAUGGCCGACGUCAUCCGCGAGAAGGACCUCUGGGUAUACUCCUACCGUAUCCCGCCAGAGAUGAACUCCUCCAUCAAGAUGGACGUCGGUAUCGAGGACUGCCUACACAUCGAGUUCGAAUACAGCAAGAGCAAGUACCACCUCAAAGACGUCAUCGUCGGCCGUAUCUACUUCCUCCUCGUCCGUCUCAAGAUCAAGCACAUGGAGCUUAGUAUUAUCCGGAGGGAGACCACCGGCGCCGCCCCGAACCAAUAUAACGAGAGCGAGACCCUUGUGCGCUUCGAGAUAAUGGACGGUUCCCCCUCCCGAGGCGAGACAAUUCCCAUCCGCCUCUUCCUCGGAGGCUUCGACCUGACUCCGACGUUCCGCGACGUGAACAAGAAAUUCUCAACACGGUACUACCUAAGUCUGGUCCUGAUAGACGAGGACGCUCGACGAUACUUCAAGCAAUCCGAGAUCAUCCUAUAUCGGCAGGCUCCGGAUGCUGCCGCGAACGGAGACCCGCAAGGGGUAGUAUCGGUUCCGGAAUCAACGCGUCCGCCUCUACCACCACUCCAAGCAUGAAAUGGAUCUAAGUGAAGAAUAGGAUUAUGUCUGUUUUUGUUCUACUACUAUGUGUUGACCUGUUCUCUGUACAUUCUUAUUCACCCAAGGUCGAGCAUUGUCGGCACGGCGUUUAGUGGUCUUUGAUUAGCAUGUGAUCAAGUCAGAAGAGCCAAGGCGUUACUCGUGAGGGUUGUAAUUUAGUCAAGCAAAAAAAUCCCGUUGCAAUUCGCAUUUUUUCCUACCACGCAGGCCUGAGGUCUAUCUUAUAGCUCAGGAGGUAUCAUCCAGUUAAACAAGCCAUGUUAUACAUUUGCGAUCGUUCCCCAUUAUGAAUCGCUCUACCCUGAAAUCAUAGGAUCUCCAUCUCAUCAUCAGCGGCGAACCCGAAUUGGUCAUUGUGGAUCGCUGCGAUACGGUCAAGUUCGUCCUGAUACUCCUUUCGGAUAUCAGCCAGAGUUACCACUCUCCGCUUAGGAGUGCCGUUUGUGCCCGAUUUGGUUGGGUGCGGUUGACCUUCAAUUGUGAUCCAUGCCUGCUUCGGGUCUACACAACUCAAGACAUUGAUAAGCAUCAAGUAUUGUCUCGUCACAGCCGUGUCCAGAAUAUCAUCACCAGUUACCUGAU